CCAGUGCAUGUUCGUGUGUCGCCUACUAUAUAAGUCGAGUAUGAUUACAAUCAUGACACAGUGAGUUAAGAGAGUAGGAUGUGAAUUACCUCUGUAUAUUGAAAUUAGACGAACAUUUUAACCACUUUAUUUUAACUGGCAAUUUUCUUUGGACUUUUGUUUAUCUAAUUUCAAUAGUUGAUAAAUGUUUUGUUAGUGUUUUUUUACAAUUUACUGUAAUAGUGAUUUGAAUCGUUAUUGGCAUUGCAUAAACUGAUUCCAGUGGAGAAGAUCUUAACACUUUGGAUUGUAAUUUGAACCAUAGCUGAUGAAGACGAUGGGAGACGGGUGCGCCUAUACGUGUGGGCUGGACGGCGCGAGUGAGCAGAAGGCGGCUCGAGAGCUUAACGAGGAGCCACGAGAGCGACUAGGCGCCCUGACCGCCUUCCGUGAGUGGGCCCUCCAGCAGCGCUGGCUGAAAACACCCACAGACGUUCGGUAUUUGCUCGGGUUCUUGCGCGCUCGGAAGUUCAGCCAACUUGGCGCCCGAGAGCUCCUGGAAAACUACUGGACGGUGCGGACUAAGUACGCGGACUGGUAUAAGGAUUUGGACCCCGCCGAUAACCAUGUGCAGGAUAUCAUCAAACAAGGCGUUUAUAUUCCACUCCCAGGACGAGACAAACAAGGGCGAAAACUCGUCAUCGUCAGACUUGGUAGUAUGGACCCAAAAGGAAAACGGAACACAUUUGAUGACGUCAUGAGGGCGAAUCUGGCAUUAUUCGACUACAUACUCCUAGACGAGAAUAUUCAAGUGAACGGACUUGUGUUCAUUAUUGACCUGACGGGGUUUUCCCGACACCAUUUUGUAUCGACUGGGGUGGAAAACACGAGGAAGUGUAUGAUUGUCACUCAGAAAGCAUUACCUGGUAGAAUAAAGGAGCUGCACUAUUACAACACGGGUCCCGUGUUUGAGAGUAUCUUUAACAUGAUCCGCCCCAUGAUGUCUGAAAAAUUGAGAAACAGGGUGCACGUGCACGGUCAGAACUUGUCCACAGUGUACGGGCGGAUCGACCAGACGCUACUUCCGGAAGAGUACCUGCCGGAUGAUUAUGAAGGGACGUGCGCGGGAUCAAUUCAAGAUAUCUGCAACAAUCUCGCGGAGGAGAUGCGACAACCUCAGGCGAGAGAUUUUAUCCGUGACUUGCACAGCGGAAAAUAUGGCGUAGACCUUGCUCUCAAACCGGAUACCGUCGAGCCUCAAGCCUCGUUCAGGAAACUUAACGUCUCCUAAAAUCGUUACCAUCAACCUUCGCGCAGAGAUCAUCACAUGUAUAGGGCCAGGGGAGAUCCAUACGUUGCAUUUUGCGUUACCGUCUCUAUGUGUUUACUAAAAUCGCCAUGAAAGUAUUGUGUAUGUAGCUAAGCCCGUUCUUCCAAAAACCAUACCGAUUGACCCACCUGCUUUAAUCAAAGACAAUACUAGACUGACCUCCACAAGACAAAUUUAAACGCACGGAUUACUUCCAUAUGUUGUACAGUCAUUUAAACUUUUAUCAUGGUACAUUUAGAAAUAAUGAAACAAUGCAUAUUUUCUUUAUUUGAAAACACAGUUGUAAAACAGAUAUUUUCCGUCGUGGUGGCAGUCGUCUCUGCUUAUAAAGGAAGGUCACAGCGCUGUCCCAAGGCAUCACGUGACUCGCAUCUACAACCCUAUGGAAACUUAUGAUUACAUCAUGAGUUUCUCGAAAUUGCAACUGACAGCAAGUUAUACGCUCUGAGACUCAUUCAUCUUGAGUUGUCCAAAUAAAUAAUAAAUAAAUCUCCAUUGGUUUAUGCAGCGUUUCUAUUGGCUAAGUAAAGAGAGAUAAUAUAUAGGAAAUAAACAUUGGAGUAACGCUUUAUAAUAUUUGGUAUAUUGAUAGAGGGCAAUCAGGAAAUUAUGCACGUCAUUUCUUGCGUUGGCUAAAUUGUGGUUCCUAUGGCAACAGAAAUCGUGUAAUUGUGUGUCCGUCCGUUCGGAAAGACUGGAUCCUGCGAUAUCUGAAGAAGUAUGCAAGCUUGUUUUUUUCAACUUAGUAUGUUGUCACCGGAAAUUACGGACACCCUGUCGAUCAUCGGACAAAUUGUUUUUUUAUUGCAAUAAAAUGUGAUUGCUAUGGCAAUGAAAUGUGAUUGCUAUGGUAAUGAAAUGCGAUUGCUAUGGCAAUGAAAUGUGAUUGCUAUGGUAAUGAAAUGUGAUUGCUAUGGCAAUAAAAUGUGAUUGCUAUGGUAAUGAAAAUAAUCAAAAUACCCCAAAAGUGAAAAUUAUACUGAAUGAAAUUGAUUCUACAUGAAACAACUCUCACUAUUCAAUUGACAGAUACAGAUUUUUUCCUUUCACGUAAAUACCAUUUUAAAUUCAUGUAAAUACCAUUUUAUAUGACAAGUUCGAAUUAAAACUGGUAGGGAACUAUAGUAUAUAAUUAUUGCAAGUGAUUUAUUUUUACAAAUUUACUCAGACUUAAACUCGCACGUUUACAAAUGAACUUCAAGGAUUUGAAGGAUAUUGAAUGAUCCUGGCUUGUGAAUUUCUAAACAAUGCGAACUUAAUAGCCUGUCAGUCUUACACAUCAAAGUUAAAUCUGCCGCUAUCGACGAUUUGGCGCAUUCGUUUACGUAUCACGUGGAACUAGCUUCUAAAUAGGUGUCUCAUUACCAUUCGAAGUACAUACAUGUACUUUGCGUUGAUUUCACUUCAACCGGCAAUUCAAAGUCGGAAGCUAUAACUUGCGCUCUCAAUAACGACGCGGUGACAAACGAAACUUUUGGUAUUGUUGAAACAGUCAGGAGCCGCCGUUGAGGCGGAACAAGUUGUUGUCAAUGGCAUUACGUUCGUGUUUUGUUGAACAAAACGAGGAGCAGGUCUUGCAAACAGUAGUAUCUCCUUACGCAUGUUCGUGUCUAUCUUCAUAAUAAAUUUGCCAAAAAUCUUGUUGUACCACAGAACAGAUGGAGUAUGCAUAGUAAAAUACCUAAAUUCUCCUGAGGUCCUCCGAACAUAACUGGUUAUUAAGAUUUGUGUUCAUUAUUAAAUGUAUACACAAUAUAAGUGUAAGUGUUCAUGUGGCGGGUUAUUGGGAACAUUUUAGGAAAUCACGUCAUUUAAGAACGGUCACAACACAAAGGGUUCACUGUAACGGUUUAUAUUCUGAACGUUUUCGUUUAAGUAUGUUUAAGAAAUGCACAAACUCCUCAUGGAUUCACCGGUCGCUUAUUAGAGUCUGAUGGCGUCGGAUCGGUCUCAAUAUGUUUUUAAACGUAACUGGCCCUUGAAUUGAUCAUUUUCCGGACAAUGUACCUGAUUUUCAACUCGACUAAAUGUGCAAUGUCUUUCAUGAACAAACUAUCAUGAUCUUGUUCCUUUGAGUAUAUUUAGUACAGAAUAGUAUAUAUUGCAUAUGAGGAGUAUAUAAAAUUGAAAUAAAGUGUCAUUUUAUCAAAUGCUUGAUGGUGUAUAAUAAUUUUACUAUUUUUAAGUAUUUAUAUCUUAAAAAAUGCAUGACACGUUUCAUAAGUCUUAUUAUUAAUUGCUGUUUACUAUGAUUUACAGUUUACUAACAUUUACGUAUAUUUUCUGUAAACAUAUUGUUUUUGUUCAUUCAAAUUAUCCAAUAAAAAAAUA